AUGAUGCAUUUUGGAGCAAAACCGCAGGAUUUGCACUUCAACCCGCUCCAUACCGAAGUAUCAACUUUGAGAAGGCCUGAAAAUAAUCUACUCAAUGGAUUUCAUCAAGAUCACUUCGCCGCGUGUCAUGAACGGCUUAAACCGAGCAACCGUGUUCCAACCGCGCUUACCGGCCGACCGAGGAACUAUCGUCCCACGAUCGACCCGCGCCCAAACUUCAUCCAUCCCCUAGUGCACGGCCGAGCUCACGUACCGACCCGGAAGGCAACAACCCACGUCGUCCCGUCCAAGUCUCGCCACCAUAAGCCGCGCACGACCGCACCGCACGAACAGAAGGCAUCGCUCCACGACCGCACAACACGACCCGUGCGCACGCACGAUCAUACCGUCCCGACCAGGAAGGCCUCGUCCCUCGUCCGGCCAGAACAUUCAAGCCUUUAUCAUCCGCCGGCCGAACCCGACGACGAACGAGAAAUCUCUCGGCCACGAUCGACCCGAUGUGCCGAUAGCCGAUCAUGA